UGUGCUCUUCUCUCUCUAUCUCUCCUCCUUUCUCUCUCUAAGCGAAUUUUCAGUCCUGUGCUCUGCAUUUUCCUACUUUAUCAUCAUCAUCACCAUUACACUACUAAGAAUUUUCUUAGUUUGGCGCUCAUUGAAGGAAAAACAGGUCUAGAAGCAUAUAUUUGUUGUGAAACAUCCGUCUCAGUUUUGGUUCAUUUAUUGUGACCAAUCCAAGCCCGUGACCCAGUGAUUGGAUUCCCCUCCUCUGGCUCUUUGCAUCAACACUUCCCUGUAAAAAAUCGUGUCAGACCUCAAUUCCCAUUUAUGAAAACCAGGCUACCUGUGGAGGAGGUCUAGUUCCAAAUCCACUACCCAAAAAAGAAAAAAAUAGAAAAGUGAAGACCCUAUUGAAUUUGGGCAAAUGGGUAUUGGAUAAGAAAGUUCAAUUGUGUAUUUCAAAGUGGGCUUUGAUAGAAUUAUUGGAAUUUGGGGUGAUUUUGAAUUUUUACCCAAAAAAAAAGGAAAAAAAGAAAAAAAAAAUGUUGGAGAGUGAGCUAUGUUCUUCAAGAGUAGUAUCGCCGUUGAGAGAGGAAAGUGGGGAUGAAGAGCUUUCUGUUCUUCCGAGGCAUACCAAAGUGAUUGUGACUGGAAACAAUAGGACCAAGUCCGUUUUGGUGGGUCUCCAAGGUGUAGUCAAGAAGGCUGUUGGUUUAGGAGGCUGGCAUUGGCUGGUCCUGAAAAACGGGGUUGAAGUUAAGCUUCAACGGAAUGCCUUGAGUGUCCUGGAGCAUCCAACGGGGAACGAAGAAGACGAUUUUGAUUAUGACAACUCCAGUACUAGCUCCGAGAUUGGUGACAAAGAUAAUGAUUUCUGUAGCAGUACUGAGUUCCACAAGCAUAGUAGGCCAAGAGUUAGGCAUGUUAAGUCCUCAAUUCUGUCAACAUCGGCGAAGUCAAUAAACCGCGGAGGUGGUUACAAAGAAGUCCAGUCCAUCCACACAUCUCGAUCGAAUGUAAACUUUGCGAGGCUAGGGACCGACUCAUUGCGGAGAUAUUGCAGAUAUUUCAAUCUUGCAAGCAGCCAUUCAAAUCCAUCCAGGGAACAUAUGAUUAACAUGGUUCAACGGCAUUUUUAUUCACAUCAGAAGCCAUUAGAUGACAUGCCGGUGAUCACUGAAUUCGUCCGAGCAGCGGCCAAGAGACGGAAAACGGGAGAUUUCCCUGAGAAACACAGAGAGCGAGAGCUUUAAGAGUCUAGAAGCUGUGUAAUAUAAUUCUACAUAUACUACUCUCUCUAACCUUUAGAUAAAACUAACUGUAGAAUGAAAGUGGAAGAGUUUGAUUGUCUGAUCAUAUUUAACUCUCCCUUGGAUUCUAACCUUGUAGUAAUAUUGGCUGAUGCCUUGAUAGUAUUAAUAGCGUAGAUUUGAUAUCUCAUUACUUAUC